AUGAGGCAACUACUCUCCGAUAGCGAACCAGAGCUGGAUUCAUCCCAAGCAUCAAUAAUCUUCACUCCAAUAGCUUCCGACUCCGACUUCGAUGAACUCCUAGAAUCCGAAUCCCUAGGCGACCGUUCAACAACUUCAACAGUCCCCACGCAGAAUAGUCAACGCAGUCAAAGAUGGAUGUCAAUGAGUCAAAGGUCGAUAUCAACAAGUACAAGCCAGUAUGCGGAUAUGGAGAAAAUAAUGGCGAUGGCGGUGGAAGCAAGAGACGCUGAGGAGAGAGAACACAAUAGGCGUGCAUUUUUGUGGCUUAAAGUUUUAAUAUCGACUUGCGCGGCUGUUUCGAUAAUCUGGACUCUUUAUAAUAUGGGGUCGUUGGAUUCUACGUCGUUGUAUCGAUGUAGUGUAUCUUCAGGGCAGUCGUUUUGGGAUAUUAAAUUUAAGGUCGGCCUCUAUAAUUUCUUGGAAUAUAUAUAA